AUGCUCUCACCCGUUGCUAACUUGCUUAUGAAGGAUCUCGAUAGACUUGCUCGCAUCCGAGAAAAUCAACGGAAUAGUCGCGCUAGAAAACAACAGCACACCCGCGAGCUAGAACAGAAGUUGACUGCUUUGCAAGAACAAGCGCGUCGUAAAGAUGUGGACCAUAGAAUGGCGGUGCAGAAGCUUGAGGCGGAGAACAGGAAGUUGAAAUACCUUCUGACUCGAUCGGGCUUGACGUCGGAGCUAAUAGAACACUAUCUGCAAAUUGAUGAGCCAGCGUUAACUGAAAAAGUCGCCAUUCCGAAGCUUCGUUCGACGAAAACACCAUGCAAGUCUCAAGCCAAUCCAGUCUGUCUCCCAAAGGCGAGGAAUGCUGCUACCAGUGCACUGCAAUCAAAUGAGCUGGGGAUACCUAGUCCGGGACAAAGCUGUGAUCUUGCUACAAUGCCUUCUUCGGAGACCGUGCCCCCAGGGGCCCCAGACCUUGAAGUGCCCGUCCGAGACCAAUCCGUCUGUGGUUGUGGCCCGGGCGAAGCCGUGGAGUCCUGGCCAAGCAAUGGAGAUGUCUUGAACACCACACUUUGUGCCAUUGCGGAUGAAUUGAUUGAUCAGUACAAUACACGUGGAGUGGAGCUGUCAGAGAUCCGUAGGAAACUCUGGGCUGGUUUCUCCAAAGGACUCACUACAGAGGAGGGGUGCAGAGUGCAGAAUCAUAUAUUAUUUCAGGUUCUGGACGAGAUAAGCAAUAGCUGA